AUGGGUCGACCGUGCAUCACAGGCUCCAGUAAGCGCCGAAAGCAAUACAAACGAGUUGCCGUGGCCUACGGCGACAAACGAGACGUCCUCAAGUUUCUCAACAAGGGCAACUCCAUCAAGGCCACCAUUCUGCACUUCUACGGGCAGCUCACACGAAAAGACCACAGAGCAAAAGAAAAGCAGAUCAGCAAAUGGAAAAAGGCCUCCGCUUCAAUACAGUCAGCGUGUGCAUCUGGCCGAGCACGCCAUCUUAACUCUCGGAAGCUCGGAGACGGCACCGUCUUGAGCCUCGAGGCAGAAGAAGAGAUCGUCCGGUGGAUCAACACAUUUAGGAAGGAAGGAAUUCCUGUGUCCCGGUUCAUGCUGAAAACAAAGGCAAUGGAAGUGGCUAAGGAAUCUGCUAUUGCUCCCGACAAGUUCUCCGCCUCCUCAACUUGGUUGAAGCUGUUCAUGAGGCGACACAGACUGCCGUUGCGCACAAGAACGCGUCAAGGCCCAACCACUCCUCAAGACGCGGCCGAGGCUGCCGAAGCAUUUCGCGCCUUGGUACUUCAAACUGCUGCCGAACAAAACUGCACCAAAAUAUUCAACGCAGACCAAACAGGUGCGAAAAUGUUUUAUUUCUUAUUAUGA